UCUUUCACGAUUGGACGCACUACCUUACCUUAGCACGUCCGCCGGCAGCAAGCGCCUCUGGGCUCCUGAGCAACGGCAACCCCGCAACCACAGCCGUCGGUUCCACCGUCUUCUGCGCAGUGACUGGCAUCCGCCCGGGAUCGGCCAGAAGGAGUCUUUUUACAAGUGAAGGGGCGUGGUGCGGAUGGGCGAGGUGAAACACGCUGUGGUGAGAUGGAGUUAGAGGAAGAGAAUAAACGCCACGAGGACACAGAGUCUGAGUAGCUAGGGCGAGGAGGACUGGCUGGUUGGUUGGCUGGAUGGUGGCUGCUUGGCGAGAGCGCGCUGGAAGCUACAUUCGUCGCGCGACUCGAGCGCGGCAAGAGUUUCCUGCGCGAGCGCGUCUCUUCCAGCCUCUCUUAGUUUACCUUAACCUCUUUCACUCUUUGAAUCUGCUGGAGUCUCUUUUGUGCCAUUGCGAGAAGGCGAGCGGGCUUGGCAUCGUCUGGUUUCUCGAGAGAAGGCUCCUCUAUCGUCGACAGUGCGCGAAGCGUUUUCGUUUUUCACAACUGGCAGAGCUACUACGUGCUUCUUCGAAUGGUUAAUGACGUGAUGAGUGAGUACGAGCGAAUUAAACGUUCGUGCUUCAAGCGCGGCGAGCUGUGGGAAGAUCCCGAAUUUCCAGCGACUCAGGCGUCUGUUUUCUACCAUCAAACGCCGCCCUUUCAGUUUCAAUGGAAGAGACCCAAGGAGCUUUGCAAUCGCCCUAUUUUUGUGAGCGAUGCCCCGACACAAUUCGAUGUCAUUCCUGGGAAAAUGGGUGACAAGUGGCUCGUGUCGUGCUUGGGAGUACUGCACUUGAGUAAAGGUCUCUUUUAUCGAGUAGUUCCAGCCGAUCAAGGGUUUGGAUCUAAUGGAGAAUCAUCCGGAGCACCGAGCGCCGAAUACGCUGGGGUCUUUCGUUUUCGAUUAUGGUGGUGCGGGGCCUGGGUCGAAGUGCUCGUUGACGAUCGACUUCCGGCUGUUCAUGGACGACUCGCAUUCGUCCAGAGUCGUCACACCGACCAAUUUUGGCCUGCGCUUCUGGAAAAGGCGUACGCCAAACUUCACGGCUCCUACGAGGCUUUGAAAUAUGGCACUCUCCUCGAUGGUCUCUCGGAUUUGACGGGUGGCAUCACAGAGAGCAUAGCCAUUCGUCAGGAUCCCACGGGAUGCGGCCGAGUACUCGCAAAACUACUCGAUAUGACCUCCCUUAUUACGUGUACUGUCAAUAACAGUCACAGCAGCAACACCAAUAACAAUAACAACAGUAACAACAGCAUUCAGCAACAGCAACAGCUACUACCGCAGCAGCAACAGCAGCAAUCGCAGCCUCAACCACAAUCGCAACAGCAGCAGGUCCGUCCGAGUAUAGAGAAACUGGCGAAUGGAAUACAAAUGGGAAUAAAUUACAGACUCUACUCAAUCGAACGUGUCGAGACGUUUGGCGGGGAAACGAUUCAGCUGGUCAAGCUGCGAAAUCCCGUUGGUCCAGGAGGUGAGUACGUUGGAGCUUGGGCCCGCGGUGCUCUCGACUGGGAGGAAGUUCCACCGACCGAGAGAGAACGACUCGCCGUUCGCAAUAUGGCUGAUGGAGAAUUCUGGAUAUCUUACUCGGAUUUCGUAAAAACGUUUACGCACCUCGAAGUAGUUCAUUUGGACGCAGAAACUGCAAGAGACGAACCUUCUCUUCAUAGCAAACAUACCUGGCACAUGAAGCUUUAUCAGGGCAGCUGGAGGAGAGGUGUUACUGCCGGAGGCUGUAGAAACAAUCCAGAAACAUUUCACAUCAACCCUCAACUUCACCUCAUCCUCAGUGAAAUGGAAAAAGUAAUAGUCUCUUUAAAUCAGCACUCCAUCAUGGAGCCAAAGGUGAUUGGCUUUACCGCAUAUGCAUUGCCAAAGAACAGCGCAGAUUCGAUAAACAGACAGUUCUUCAAGAAAAAUAAAUCUCUGAUGAACUCGCAGUACACAAAUAGCCGACAAGUCAGCCAUAGAUGUCAACUCGAGCAAGGCGGCUAUUUACUUGUACCGACCACCUUCGAACCCACGCAAGAAACUAGUUUCACUCUACGCGUCUACAGCAGUAAACCGUUAAAGCUAAAGUUGCUAGACACGCCCCCGUCUCUGACGAAGUCAGCGAUCGUAAAGGCUCCCGCAUUGGAAGGAAAGGGUUUCUCCCAGUAUGAAGCAGUCUUUCUUCAGUUGGCAGACGAACAUCGUACGGUCAACGCCUUUGAACUUCAGGAACUCCUUGAAGCCUGCCUGCCUAAUGAUUACAUCAAGAGUUGCGCCUGCAUGGAAGUUUGCCGACAGGUGGUCCUCACAAUGGAUAGCUCGGGUAGUGGCCGCCUAAAAUUUAACGAUUUCAAAGAUCUGAUGUGCAGUCUGAAGUAUUGGCAGGCAGCAUUUAAGAACCAUACAAAGGAGAAGACUGGGAUUCUCAAAGCUGAAAGAUUGCGAGAUGCUUUGCACGAAGUCGGCUUCCAAUUAAAUACGGAUGUGCUGUCGAUUCUUAUUCUUCGAUACAUGAGAAAAGAUGGAACAUUGCGCUUUGGCGACUUCGUAUCCGCAAUUCUCCACCUGAGCAACGCGUUCGGAAUAUUCGACAGCAAAGACCCGCUACAGAACGGAACGAUCAAGCUGAGCUUAGCCGAGUGGCUACGUUCGUCUUUAAUGUGCUGAUAGAUGAACACUUCCCCCUCUCGGGUCUCAAACAACUGUAAAUAGCAAAUGUCUAUAGUACUUCUUUCGAAACCGUCGAGAUGUUCGUAAGGAUGGUCCGAUGCACUUCUCUUUUAUUAUUUUCUAGAGAUCACUGCAACCGGCUGCAAUUCUCUAUUAAUCGAUCAGCUGCAACUACUUAUGUCGGGGCCACCAGAAAUGAGCAAAUAGUUAUUUAUCAGCUUUGCUGAUUACAUUAACGGAUUGAGUCGCUCUGCAUUCUCCAUGACUAUUUCAUAUCCUCGCCACCUCACCCUCGUCCCGUCAUUAAAUCUCUUAACUCUUCGAUUGUAGCAUACUUACACAACGCGCGAUUCCUAUUUCGAUUGAUCGACAUGUCAUGUAUAAAAGACUUUCUCUGCGAACACAUCGUGAAAGAUAAUAAAACUAAGAUUAUUUUCUAUAUAAA